CCACAGCGAGCAGUGAUGGCAAAAACCCAACAGCGAAUCCUUGCCCCGUUUCCGCUCUACAGAGGAACUUCUUUCGCAGAUUCGCCAUAAAUGUUCAUCUAUGUAAUGAAUAUCAAGUCUUCCGUCCUCAUUUAAUCAUGCAUUUAUAAUCAUGUGAAUAAAUGCUGUGUUUUGCAUACGAAUGCGAUUUUACUUCAGAUUAAUGGAGGAACCCAAAGCAGAUGCUUCUAUGUUCAUGUGCCGGUUGUGUAACAUCUUCUCUCCGAGCCGGGCUCAGCUGCUGGUGCACUGCUCCCAGCUCCAUUCCCAGCACCAGCCGGCCGGUGACAUCAUCGUGUCGCUGCAGCCCCUGGCCGGCCCUGAGGGGGCUCAGGCCGGCCCUGAGAAGCCUCAGGCCGGCCCCGAGGAGCCUCCAACCGUUAAACCUGCCAAGCGAAAGCGGGGACGACCGAAAGGCUCCAGGAAGAAGAGCCUGUUGGAGAGCUCUGAAGGACAGGCUGGCCCUGACCUUCUCCCAUCAGAGACCCAGUACGGGGGGGAACAGGAGGCCAGGGCGGGGGAAAGGGAGAGUCAAGGGGAGCGCCAUGGGACCACGCCCAGCUUGGAGUGCAGCAAAUGCAGUCGGUCGUUCAGCAACAGAAGGCAGAUCCUCAAACACAUCUGCCUGAAAGAAGACAAGGAUGCAGACGAAGAGGACGGGGAGGAGGACAAUGGGAAUGUAGAUGGGGCCAAGAUCCAGAGAACCAGUCGAAAAGGUCGGACGCAGGCCUAUGACAGAACCUUCACCCACCAAGAAGGUGUUCCCGCUGGCUGGAACAAAAAGUCUGUGAUCAGCGUUGUCCUGACGGAACAUGAAACCCUCGCAGAUGCUACGAAGAUGGUACCGGUAGAGUCUGCUACAGCAGAGGCAGAUUCUUCGGCCUCCAACCCUCAGCAUGGUGGGAAGCCUGAGGGGACCGAAGCCCCCAGCAUCGCUGCAGCUGGCCCAGAUAACCCAGAGUCCCAACCCACAGAAACGAGCACGGACCUUGACCCUGCUUCCAACGCAGCCUACAACCAAGGCUUUCAGGAAUACUCCAUUAAGCAAGUUAGUACCAGUCUUGUUGAAAGCCAGCUGAAGAUCUUCACCUGUGAGUUCUGCAAUAAGAUCUUUAAGUUCAGGCACUCUCUGGUGGCUCACCUCCGGACCCACACCCAGGAGAAGCCCUUCCAGUGUCCACACUGCAGCUACGCCUCAGCUAUCAAAGCCAACUUGAACGUCCACCUGCGGAAACACACGGGGGAGAAGUUCAGCUGCCCUCACUGUCCGUUCAUCUCCCUCAGUCCUGGCCACUUAAAGGUCCACGUGGAGCGGGUCCACCUGAAGGUGAAGCAGCACUGUGAGUUCUGCCAGAAGAAGUACUCUGACGUGAAGAACCUGCUGAGGCACAUGGAGCAGCGGCACAACACGAAGGAGCCGGCCGUACAGCAGAGCUACCAGCAGCUCAGGCUGAAGACGCGACAGGGCCAGAGGCAGCUCCUCUACCACUGCCCCACCUGCAACCGCCGCUUUAAGAACCAGCUGCAGCGGGAGCGCCACCUGCUGGUGCACGGGCCCCAGCGGCCCUUCGGCUGCCUGCUCUGCGACUACGCCGCCACCAAGAUGUCGGCCCUCGGCGCCCACGUGCGGAAGCACCUGUUCCUGUACGUGUGCGGCCGCUGCGGCGUGACGUGCAUGAGCUCCCAGCGGCUGAGGGCCCACCUGAAGGAGCGGCACCCGGACGCCGAGCCCGAGCAGGCCUUCGUCGACUGCAUCAACGGCAGCUACUGCCUGAUGCAGCCGGGGGACGACGCCUGGAGGGAGGGCCCGGACGAGGGGGCCGCAGGGGGCCCCCAGGGAGGGGAGGGUGAGGCCGUCGGGGAGGAGGGGGGGGACCGACCGGAGCCCGCGGAGGAGGGGGGGGACCGACCUGUGGAAGUCGGUGGAACGCUGGCCAGGAAGGACGGGGGGGAGGUCGGGGUGGAGCAGAUGGAGCAGGAAGGAGCCGAAGGAGGCGGGGACGACCCUCAGAGCGGGGGGACGGCGGCAGGGGGAGGUGGAGCGAGGGGGCAGGGUGAGGUGGAAGCGAGGGGGGAGAACGGAGAGGCGGUGAUCAGUGAGGGGAAGAGUUUCCCGUCGGAUUACAAAGAGGCCGUCGGCCAGAAGGUGUCAGCAGUGGACACCGCUGAAGAGGACAUCACAGUAGAGGACACCACCGUAGAGGACACCGAUGUAGGGGACAUCCCUGUAGAGGACACCACUGAAGAGGACAUCACAGUAGAGGACACCGCUACAGAGAACAUUAGUGUAGAGGACACCGCUACAGAGAACAUUACUGUAAAGGACACCGCUACUGAGAACAUUACUGUAGAGGACAUUACUGUAGAGGACACCGCUACAGAGAACAUUACUGUAGAGGACACCGCUACAGAGAACAUUACUGUAGAGGACACCGCUACAGAGAACAUCACUGUAGAGGACAUCGCAGCAGAGGACGUGGAUGAGAAGCUUCCGGGUGGCUCAGCCCCAAAGGAGGGAGUGGAUGGGGACUCCUCUCAGCCUGGUGCUGAUGAAACCCCCGCACUCGUAUCCGUCAGCGGAACUGCACCUGAAAACCCGAAGACCCAACCAGACGGAGCUGAUGAAAACCCAGGCUCGACAUUCAUCGAAACCGAUGGGAGUACAGCCGUCGAAUCGCCUGGUCAUCCUGUUCCACCCUCGGCCCGACCGGCACAGACGACCGCAACUACAGACACGCCUGAUUCGGAAAGCAGCCCCAAAGAUCUGUCCCCUGAGGAUUCAAACAACGACGGAGUAAAAGAUGGCUCUGAAUCUCGUUCGGAAACGGAACCCGAGGCCCAAGAGCAGAACGCCUUCCAGAAGGUUUUGGCGUCCCUCAACAAAACCCAGCUCAACAUGGAGUUGUUCAAGCGGCUCCGCAAGAUAUACGGAGACCUGGAGUGUCAGUACUGUGGAAAGCUCUUCUGGUACCAGGUGCACUAUAACCUCCACGUGCGCACGCACACCAAGGAGCACGUGCACUACUGCAGCCAGUGCGACUACUCGUCCAUCACCAAGAGCUGCCUGAAGCGCCACGUGGUGCAGAAGCACAGCGGCGUGCUGCUGGCCUGCCCCAGCCCCGGCUGCAGGUACACCUCCCCCGACAAGUACAAACUGCAGUCCCACCUGAGGACGCACCAGGAACAGGUGAAGGCCUGUCCUGUUUGCAAUCAGAACUUCCCAGAAUACAGACUGAUGCACCACAUCCGAAACACACAUCCCGACACCGUACCCCAGCAGGGCACUGGGUUGAUGGUGAAGCGGGCAGAGAAGUGUCCUUACUGUGACUCCUACUUCCUCAAGAACAGCAGUGACCUCCAGCAACACAUCUGGGCACACGAAGGCCUGAAGCCCUUCCACUGCACGGUGUGUGAGUACGCCAGCCGCAGUAAGAGCAACCUGAAGGCCCACAUGAACCGCCACAGCAGCGAGAGGAGCCACCUCUGUGACCUGUGUGGCAAGAAGUUCAAGUCCAAGGUGACCCUGAAGAGCCACCGGCUCAGCCACAGCGCAGAGGGGAAGCGCUUCCAUUGUUCAGAAUGUGAGUAUACGUCCGUGUCCAAACCUGCCCUACUCAGACACAUGGAGCAGCAUGCUGGAUUUAAGCCGUUCCGCUGCGCCCACUGCCCGUACUCCUGUAACAUCUCCGGGCCUCUGAAGAGACACUACAGCCGCAAGCACCCCGACCAGGAGUACCACAACGCAGGCCCCGGCCUCCCCAACGCAGACUCCCUGGAGCUCCAAGGUGGUAUAAAGUGUCCCGUCUGCGAGUUUGUCUACGGCACCAAGUGGGAGCUGAACCGACACCUGAAGAACAAACACAACCUCAAACUGAUGGAGGGGCCCGGGUCCUGGGAGGUGAUGGACACGGUGGAGGAGCAGUACGUGUCUGUCGGCGAGGAGGAACAGCAGACGGAGACGGUGGUGACAGCAACCCUGCCGGGGGAUGCCAACGGCCAGGUGAACAUCCUCCAGCAGAUCAUCGAGCUCAGUUCAGAGAAUCACAAUGCAGUGGCUUCUGUGGUUACAAUGGCGCCAGGCACCUUGACGAUGGUAGAGCAGGUGGCGGAUGAGCCGGAGGGCAGAGGGCCCAUGAACCAGCUGAUGCUGGAGGGAGAGGGAGACCCCAACAGCAAUCAGUUGAUGGUGGUGGAGGAGACGGAGGGGCUGGACUCUCUGACGGUCUUCACCUCCCAGGGGGAUAGCACUCACCACUACAUCGUCUACGUGCAGGAGCAGACCGUUGAGAUCGAUUAGUGCCAUAUGCAUACCAGGAGAGUGGCCAGAGAUGUAAACACUGGUUCUGUUGGGCUGCACUCUAAUAUCGAUUUUGUCAAGGAGGGGGGGGGGACAAGAAUGUUAACGAUAUUUGACUCUGCUUUUAUGACAACAAUGUUAUAACAUUGUUGUCAUAAAAGCAGAGUCAAAUAACUUGUAUGAAAUCAUGUGGAAUGUCAUGUAUUUAUCAACAUGGAAUAUAUAUUUUUAAUAAAACCACAUUCAUAAA